GUUUGAGACAGGCACUGCCUAGAGCCAAUUUGCGUGGCUGGAAAGCGAAACCUAGAACCACUUUGAAGAGGGAAAUCGAGGAAGGUAAACUAUGGAAGUGCCGGGGUCGUCCAAGAAGAUGAUUGCAACGCAGGAGGAGAUGGUGGAAGCUAGGGUUCCGCUGCCCUAUAGAGAUCAAUGUGCCCACUUACUCAUCCCUCUCAACAAGUGCAGACAGGCGGGGUUCUAUCUCCCAUGGAAGUGCGAGACCGAGCGACACGCCUAUGAGAAGUGCGAGUAUGAGCUUGUCAUGGAAAGAAUGCUCCAGAUGCAGAAGAUCCGUGAGGAAGAGGCCAAGUUGAAACAAGCACAGAAGCAGGGCAUUACCCUAAUCCCCAAAACUGCUAAUAUCUGAUUCUACGCAGGAACCUUUGCUUGGGUCCGAUGUUGCGCUCAUGUUUUUCUCCGCCGUUGGUGCAACAAGUAAUUGGGAGUGUUUGUGCAGAGACAGGCAGUCUACUUACGAGUUGUGAUGUUGUCAUUCUCUGUUGUGUAACUAUGUCGCAACAUUUUUCUUCUCGUCCUGACAUAUGUUCCAGCAUAAAUGCAUAUUGUUUAUGAUGUUUCUUGCCCUUUUCUUUAUUGUGGAACUUUUCUACAGAAAGGAAUAAUAAUAAUUCUUGGUUAACAAUGGCAGAUAAA